AUGCCUGCUUCGGCCCCCCAAAAUUCGACUACUUUUGAUUCGGCGCGAUUCUUGGACGAUUACAAGAAGACAGCCGACGCCCUUGGUGCACCAUAUAACGAGUCGAUAGUUGCUCGAACGCUAAAUAGCUUUGGCAAUUGCUUCAAUGAAGGGACCGUGAUUUGGCGCUCCACGAGUCGGCCCAACGACAAGUUAAACUAUCGAUUUUACCUCCGUGAUCGAGUGGACACUGUCGCCCUCGCGAUCAAGGCCGGCUACAUUGAGGAAAGCCACCCGAUGGCGCGGCUGGUAACUUGCUGGAGCAACCUGUUCGACGGCGAGACGGUGCAGUGGUGUGAUUUGGACCCUGAAGAAGGCGUGGCCAAAACCUGGAUCUUCAUGAAGACUCAAAGGUCUAUAGACAAUAUCUUGGAUGCAGCAGAAGUCUCUGAUUGCGUUCGGGCACAUCGAGCCACCUUCCAUAGCCUGGGCCUGAAGCUUGUGCACUUCGCCGCUGUUGACUAUCAUGGCGGCACCCUGAACAUUUACUUCACUGUCCCGGGCCCUAUCUCCGAAGCCCAAGCGGCCGCGUACACCAACCUGUCCGGGUGCAAACCCCCAACCCCAGACGAGUUUGCAGACUUGCGCAAGUACCUGCCUACCCAGCGAUUCGUCUUUGCUGCCACGAUCGAUUACACGACCGGCAAGAUCAAGCGUGUCGCAUUCUACGCCUUGAAUGUACCAGGGAGCGAACUCCCAGAGACAAUGAAUGACAGGCUGCGCAAGUUCUUCGCCGACGCUCCCUCAUACGAUAAACAGCAGACCAAGAAUAUCGCGUGGUCCUAUGGCAAUGGAGAUAGCAAGUAUAUGAAGGGAUUGGGUGAAGAAUGUGAGGAGUCCCGUGCCGGAACAUUUGGGCCUGAUGUUGGAGGAUGCGAGAGCUUCCUUCUCCUUCUAAGGCUAUAA